GAGUAAAAGUACGUACAAAAAUAUAAUGUCAUGUCGUCUUUCUGCUGCAUCUCAAUAAAAUUGAAUUAAAUUCAGUGUCGACAUUACUAAUUUAAUUAUCUUUCAUACAAUAUUAUUAACAAGACAGGUCAUCUGGUGUCCAUUUUAUUAUGGUAGAAUUAAGGUGACGGACAUUCCUGCUAUCAUCAUUGAGACAAGCAAGUAAUGCUUCGUUACCACCACAGAGCUCGAAGGCUUUAGCUUUCGUAACACAGAAAAACGAUUGACCAAGAAAAAUGUUUAGCAUGAACGGAUCAGAUUUCCCCCCUGUGAAAGAGGACACAUUUUGUAAAUAUGUUUUAUACUACGAGAUAAAUAAUUCAAGGGUUCGGAUUUGGGAUUUGAUAAUAUUGAUACCGAAUGCGUUGUUUGUGCUUUUCUUAGUGGUAAGAUUUAAUAAGGCUCAGUUGAAACUGCGUGCUACAAGUAGUCCUAUAUUUCUGACAUUCUACACUUUGGUGUGGGGAAAUGUGAUCAUAAGCCUGGUGCGAUGUGCUGUGUCCAUGACGGUGAACGCGGCGAUGCCGCUGGGAGGCCUGGUGGACAAGAUCCUGUGGGUGACCGUGAGAUUCUUUCUGUUGGCCACAGAAAUGAGUGUCGUCAUAUUUGGGUUGGCUUUUGGACACUUGGACAGCCGAAGCAGCAUCAGAUACGUUCUCCUGGCAACGUCGCUCAUAUCCCUUGCCUUCACCAUCACUCAAGGCACAUUAGAGAUUGUCAUGCCGGAUGACAUGUUCCACAUUGAUAACAGGGACUACAACCUGUUUGGACACGGUGGAAUGUUAUUCUGGUUCACAUCGUCUCUAGUCUUCGCUCUCAUUUACUUCCUCAUAUUGUUGCUACCAUGGAUACCACUCCGGGACUAUUUGGCUUUACCGAUGUUUAUUCCAGCCAAACUAUCGUUCUACCUGUACGUGUUGCUACUGGCGCUUCUGGACACGACCCAGGCGGUUGGCGCAGGCCUACUGGCCUGGGGCUCCAUGCAGUCUGGCCUCUGCAUCGUGGACGUGACUACAUGGCUCUACUUCUCGUUGUACACGCCACUUGUGUACCACACUUUUCUCAGCGAGUUUUUCAGGUACGUGACCGCUAGUGAAAGUCGGGCAAAGGAAAUAAAAAGACUCGCUUUCGUUUGAUCAAGUUGACAAUGGCACAAUGAAUUAAAGCAGGAAAGCUCUUUCCUAGUUUAAAUGUAUUUUAGUUUUGUUAGCUUCAAUUUUUAUGCAAUGAGAACUUUUUGUAGGUAGUCAAAUAAUAUUGUCAGUAGGGUCUUGUCGAAUGUCUCAGUUAACAGAAUGCAUAUUUUAUUACUUGUCCCAGUCAAGAGUUAAGUUUCUAUUGUCAUGUUUUUUGUUGAUAGCAUUAUAAUGCGACAUUGAAACUAUUCAGAACUUGGAUUAAGAUUUGAAACGACCUUGGCAUGAAUUACCUUUCUCAACUCAACACAGUCACAUAAUGCGGGAUGCAAUUGGUCAAUUUUGUUUUAUGUUCCUGGGAUUUUCGUUACGACAAUAGUUUCGUAAGAACGUUAUGUAAUGAGCUAAAUAUCUUGACAGUUUUAGCGUUUUAUCUAAAAAGUUAAGAUGAACUUGUGUAGGCACUUUACCUACUUUUAAUGUUAUUACGAUUGAUAGACAGGUACUUGACUUCAAAGAUAUUGAAUACAUCUAUAGAUGACUUUACAGUUUCAAGCCUCAAGUGAUCUCUUAAAAACAUGCUCCACUUAUCACGCAUUCAUGACUUUUAUGAUAAACUAGCUGACCCGGCGAACUUUGUUCCGCC